AUGGACGUUCAAAUGCUAUUGGAAUAUGUUUACUUGGAAAAAAUUGAAUUAUCUGGCGCAUGGAAGAAAUUAUUCCGAAUGGCAGUAUCUUUCCUUCACAAAAAAUUGGUGUACGCCAUGCUGCAUGACAUCACCGAUGAUAUAGCAACAUGGCGAUUAAGUUUGUGA